GCGACGGGGGUUAAAAAAAACAAAAACACACGAGGUAUUUCUGGACAACGGCGAAAGCCUCGUUGAUCGAAGUAAAUGCGAGCCAGAUUAAGCGGAACCGAGCUGUCCCGCUCCGAACCGAACCGUUCCGCUCGGUGGAAACGAGGCUCUAUUAUCAGUACUCCUCCGUUGGGAUACCAAGAAAUUGAGCUGAAAGGUGGAGCUAAACACUGCCGUCCGUUGAUUGGGCGAUAUAAUCGUCACUUUCGGGCGACAGUGGAUAACUACAAACAAAACCAUUGCCAGCGAGGUAUCUCUUUUGCUAUCCGAUCCGUUCCGCACCCUGCACUGGAAACGCGCCAUCUGGACAACGGAAAUGUUACCCAAAGGUUCGGCUUGGACGAACCGGGAGCUGGAAACGUUCCUCUGCAUCUUAGGGGAGGAAGAAGUGCAGACGGAGCUGCAUGGGUCGGUGAGGAAUGCAAAGGUCUUCCAGCUGGUAUCCGAUAAAUUGUUGGAUGCGGGUUUCGAGAGGAACCCCGAGCAGUGUCGCCAGAAAUCCAAGAAGCUCCGGGUCGAUUACCGGAAGGUGAAAGAACAAAACAACAGGAGUGGCGACAAGGGGAAGACGUGGAAAUGGUUUAACAUGAUGGACGCUAUCUACGGACACCAACUGGAGAGUAAAGGAAAAGAGAUCGACACGGCCACCUCCUUGCUGGAAUCCAAGUUAGAGCCUAUUGCCACCUCGCUACCAAGUGCAGUAAGAAGGCGAGCGACGAAGGCCUUGAGUCAGGAUUCGGCCAUCUGUCAGUGUCCAAGCCUCUCCACCCGAUUACAGGAUCCCAAUCCCACGGAGGUCUUUCUUCUGAGUCUUGCCCCCAUGCUCCAGUCCCUCGAACCCGAGAAGCUUUCAGAUACGAAAAUACAAAUUAUGACUUUGAUUCACCAAGCAAAAUUUAAUUAAAAGUAUUUCACACAUGGCAAGUUCCCUUUCUCCACACAAACAUACCCUACCAAAUUCAUACGAGAAUGAAACGCGUCUACUUUAAUUCCAGGUCCGUAGUUCCCUAGUAAGUAUAGGUAUCAAUUAACAAGAAGCCUAUGUCUUUGACAUUUAUAAAAAAAUAAUGGAUCUAUAGGCCCACCCUAAAGUGUAUGGGAAUGCCCAAAACCAUUAAAUUAACCAGAUCCUCUUUUGACAAUUGUAUAAUCACCAUUCAACUGUUUUCACACAAACUGCAGAGUUGUUUAACCCUUUUUGAGAAACCCUUAGGGUGCACUCACACUAGGCUAUCUGGCCGUGGCCGUUGGCCGUUUUCACACCUAACCGUGCUCAACUGGCCCCAUUAUUCUCUGGCCUGCACUCACACUAGGCCAUCUGGCCGUGGCCGUUGGCCGUCGCAACUGUGGCCUGGCCACGGUAGGCUCUUGUACAUACGUCGUAACACAUCAUCACCAAGCGUCCGCUGCAUGGACCAUAAUAAAGUCUGCCGCCAGUCAGAGUUUUUUGUCAACAAUGGACAACAACACAGAUAACACAGUUCGCACUUUGCUGAGUCUGUUGCUUAUUUGGAGCCGUUCUCAGAUAGAGCCCACUCUCACUGCUGUUUUUUUCGAGUACGCCAAUUAGCGUAAACAUCGCUUGACGCCAUGUUUACCGUUUAAUGGGAAAGAAGGCUUGUCGCCUUAAUUAUGUCCAUGGUCGUCGCAUGGACUUGACGUCAUCCAGCUCAGGUUGCGUAGCCUUGUGUGUGCGCGUGUCGGCUCAUUAGCAUCUGUGCCGUGUUGGCCCGUACCGUAGCAGCACACCUCUCCCAAGUGGCCAACCUGGCCUGGCCUGGCCAGACUGGCCACACUCAUACUGGCAGAUUUGAGCACGGUUAGGUGUGAAAACGGCCACGGCCAAAUGGCCUAGUCACUAGUGUGAGUGCAACCUAAUAUACAGCAGGAAAACAGGUGUUCAUUUUGAAACAGCCAAUAGAUAUUCAGGACUCUAGACAGCUUAAAUUAAAUUGUAUUUGCAUAGCCCUUAAUCACCAUACAAGUUUUAAAGGACUUAACAGGCCAAAUAUUUAUGACACCGCCCAACACAAGCCCCCAAAAGGGCAAGACAACUCCCUUGAUCAGCAAGGAAGAAAUCUUGAGAAGGAAUGCAGAGUGAGGGAGGGAUCACUCCUUCCAGGGAUGGUCAGGAGUACGAUGGGUGCCAUAAUUGACAUACAUUCCAUACAGGCAAAACAUGAUGGGGUGCUGGCAGGUUAACCACAAGGAGGGUCCAGGGUGCUCAUUUAUCAACCGUACUUACGCACUGAUUUGUGCAUAAGGAGUGCAACAACGCAUACUUUGUGUUGCCACACAAAGUAUGGAAUUUACCAAAGUGAAUGUGUGUUAAUAUAAGCACAGCUCUUGCCAUGCUUAAGAACAUUAUCUAGAGGUCGAAUAAUGUUAUUAGAAGCAAAAUACAAUGCAUUUAAGAGGGUCAACGUAUGCCUUAAGGCAAUAAACAUCCACAUAUGUCCCAUGUUUCCUUUAAUAAGAAAACAUUCAAUUUCUGCAUUGUCUAAUUUUCAACGGAAAAAUUAAGUGUAGGUUAACGUCAAAUUAUCUUUUUCCUGUACAGCAAGCUUUCUUUUAUUUGUAAUGCCUCCUGCACUAAGCGAGAUUAAAGUAACUGUGGUUUAAUUCAA